CGCUCCCAUUUACUCCGCGCUCCAGCGCCGACCCUCAUCAGUCGCCCUUCGCUACCGUCUUGUGUUAAUAUUCACCUCCUCGGCACUGCCAUCCUUAUACUCUGCUUCUGCGCGACUGACCCGGUUUUUUCCCCAGAAUUAAAGGGGUGUAAUAUGCAAUUUCGCUUCGUUUCAAAAAUAAGUCAAAGGGAUAGUUAAAAAAAAUAAUACGCGCAAUUUCUGAGGCGUUAUAGUGCGCCACAUUAUUGAGUCGCGGUUGUUAAGGCGAGGGAGUGUUGGAGGAAAGAGGGUUAGGGCUCCUAUUGACAUGGCCGUCACGGCGAACGGGAAGGCUGCCUCGGAGCCUAACCUGGGUGGCAGCGAGGGGUCACACCCCGGGACGCAGCAGCAGCAGCAGCGUGGGAAGCAGCAGAAGCAGCAGCAGCGGCAGCGGCCACCGAAGAAGACGCACGCAGUGGAAAAUGGCCACGCCAACGGAGUCGCUUUUACGGAAGAUGAGGACAGCGACCCCUACGCCUCGAUGUACAAGCGGCCCUUCCGAGAGACGUUUGAAGAGACGCCCAUGCUGGUGGCCGUGCUCACGUACAUGGGCUACGGUGUCCUCACACUCUUCGGCUACCUGCGAGACUUUUUCCGAGCCUGGGGCAUUGAGAGCUGCCAAAAUGCCACCGAACGCGAGGAGCAGAAGGACUUUGUCCCGCUCUAUCAAGACUUUGAAAAUUUCUACACGCGAAACCUUUACAUGAGGAUCCGAGACAACUGGAACCGGCCCAUAUGCAGCGUCCCUGGUUCCAGGUUUAAGGUGAUGGAGCGCGUUACCGAUGACUACAACUGGAACUUCAGGUUCACUGGGCGGGUCAAGGACGUGAUCAACAUGGGUUCAUACAACUACCUGGGCUUCGCCGAAAACGUGGGGCCCUGCACGGAGGCGGCGGCGCAAGUGGCGCAGAAGUACGGCGUGGGCGUGUGCAGCACGCGGCAGGAAAUGGGGAACCUGGACAAGCAUGAGGAGCUGGAGAAGCUGGUGGCGCGUUUCCUGGGUGUGGAGGCCGCCAUGGCCUUCGGCAUGGGCUUUGCCACCAACUCCAUGAACAUCCCGGCCCUCGUCGGCAAGGGCUGUCUCAUCCUGAGCGACGAGUUGAACCACGCUUCCCUCGUCCUGGGAGCUCGCCUCUCCACCGCCACCAUCCGCGUCUUCAAGCACAACGACAUGGUGAACUUAGAGAAGCUGUUGAGGGACGCAAUCGUGAACGGGCAACCACGCACACACCGGCCCUGGAAGAAGAUUCUCAUCCUGGUGGAGGGCAUCUACAGCAUGGAGGGGUCAAUUGUGCGCCUGCCGGAGGUGGUGGCGCUGAAGAAACGCUACAAGGCCUACCUAUACUUGGACGAGGCGCACAGCAUCGGCGCCGUGGGGCCCACGGGUCGUGGCGUCGUGGAGUAUUUUGGCUUGCACCCCCAGGAUGUGGACGUCUUGAUGGGCACCUUCACAAAGAGCUUUGGCGCCUGCGGAGGAUACAUCGGCGGUCGUAAGGAUCUGGUGGACUACCUGCGCAUGAACUCGCACAGCGCCGUCUACGCCACGUCCAUGUCGCCGCCCAUCAUCGAGCAGAUCCUGCAGUCCAUGAAGUGCAUCAUGGGAGAGGACGGCACUACUCUUGGCGCCCAACGCAUCCGACAGCUUGCGGAGAACACGCGCUACUUUCGCCGGCGCAUACGCGAGAUGGGCUUCAUCACCUAUGGCAACGAGGACUCGCCCGUCGUUCCCGUCAUGCUGUACAUGCCCGCCAAAAUUGGAGCUUUCGGCCGUGAGAUGAUGAAGAGGAACAUUGGUGUGGUGGUUGUGGGAUUCCCCGCGACACCCAUCAUCGAGUCACGUGCUCGCUUCUGUAUAUCUGCUGCACACACGCGGGAAAUGCUUGACGAGACACUGGCUGCCGUCGACGAGAUCGGCGACAUCCUGCAGCUGAAAUACUCACGCCGCCGCCAGGGCUCGCGAACAGAUUCGGGUUACGGCGAAACGUACAUGGACCAGGAUGACUGAGGACUGGCUUCACUGCAUGUCGUCUUCCUCCCCUUGAUCCCCUGCCAAUGUCGCGCUGUCCAGCUCCUCUUUAACCCAUUUCCCCUGAAUGACAUCCAACAUCAAACCCACACGCUCAGCUCUGGCUGAUUCUCUUAAAGCAGCCACCCCAGCCACAGACCACCAGCUCACAGUGAGGAAUUUCUUUUUAUACGAAUAAGGAAUGCAUUUUAAAAAGAAGUUGUUAUUUUUUUCAUACACUCCAUUGCAAAACAAGGCAUGGAACAGUGGCUCAUACUCUUGGUAAAUAUUAUCAGGGCUAUGUAUUGACAUGGAAAUUUUGUUUUAUUUUGCACUGCAUAGUAUAGUUUACAAUGAAUUUUAUAAAAGGUUGCCAGGAGGAAUGGUUGCACAGUUUGCUUUAAAGAUGUAUCAUUGUUUGGCUGUUUGGCAGCAUGAAAGGGUUCACAUUGAAGUCACAGCAUAUGCUACUGUAUUUCGUUGCUAGAUAUUUGCUACCACGGGAUAGUACUCCCAGCCAGUACUGGGUUUGUAUUCCACCUAAGGGCACAAAUGCUGCAUUUGAUUUGGCUUGGUCACGCUUGCUUGCUCUCCAGCUUCACAUCUAUUUGCAUGCCAAGUAGUCUUGGGUCAUUUGUGACAACGGUGCAGUAUGCAAUUUUAAGACUCAAUUUUCACACCAUUCUAAUCUGAUUGCAGACCAUUGGGCAUGACAAAAACGUGUAAUGCUGCGAGUAGUAGCAUAUCUGAGACCAAGAGCAUUCGUUGAUAAAUGUGUACGCAGGUACCAUCAGGGCAUUCCGAUCAUAUCAGGCAGAGAGGCUUCUCAAUUUUUUGUUUUGUUCCUUUGCCUGGAAACUACUGUCUUCAGAUGCGUGUGAAAUAAAAGUGUCAUUGUGUUGUGGACGGCAUUGGUUUUACAUAACUAUACAUUCCCCUUAUUUUACAUAAAGCUUCAUUGAGCCUAUCACCAGAUGUUGAACAAACUGGCAUCUCGGGAAAACAGAACGUUUAUGGGCGGGAACUGUACUGUGUAUGCGUGGUGUCCUCAGUCCAUUCCCGUUCUACAACUGACCAUUAGAAUGGACGCAUUCAACUAAAUCAUAAGGUGCGUAGGGUGUAAUAACUAACGCUGAUCAUUGCAUGAUUUCUGCCUACCAUAGGGUUUGCGAUAGCCCCUCGGUGUAUGGACUGUUGAGUUGUAGUGUAAACUAUAUGAUGUAAAUUUGAAGUUUAUAACCUCCACUCUCACCCCGGUUUUAAUGUAUGAAUUACUUGUGUUUCUGGGAGCUGCUGAUUUUGGGGGAAUUGCUGGUAUUUUAAAGAGCCCUAUGGCCCGGAGGAAUGGAUGGAGUGGUUCCUCAUGGCAUUGAGAAGCGCAGCAAUGCUUCAUUAUACUUAAAAUGUCAAAUCGGUGUGAGGGUAGGAUAUGGGUGUAACUUCUUGCUCGUCUUCCCUCCCAACCCCUCUGAUGGUACCUUCAUGAUAUUUUAAGUCAAGAGCUGGCCAAACUGCCAGUCUGGUUGAUUGGGCAGGCCACCUUUUUUUCCCCCACAGUAAAAAAAAUAUUUUAUUCCAUUUACGAAAUGUAUCGACAUGCCGCACGUGUCGAUGCCUCGCCUUGGAAAGAUUAACGUUAUCCCCGGUCCCAAAGUGCCCGCCAUUGCCCCCUUUCUCUCGUUUACACAACAACGCUGCGCUUCAAAGUGAUAAACGGGAAACGGGUUGUCACAUACCCCGGGUACAAAGUCUCGGUGAUACCGAAGUGCUGUGAAGUUUUUGUUAAGGGAGUGUCAAAGAAAAAAGAGACGGCAAAUGAGAUGUCCUUACAUAAUGGAGCACCGGUUUUGUUUAUUUAUUGCAAUUUCUUUCCUGAUGCUGAAAGUUUCUAAUCAUCUCAAAUGUACAUACAUUUUCUAAAAUAAAAUUUUCUCUUGUAAAGUUG